AUGGCAUGUCAGCUGAAACAACCCAGCCAGAACAUCCACCAGCCCAUCCGCAAACCCCCGAAAAAAGACAACCUGGUCUCGACACCCACACAGACAACAAAAAAAGCCAAUUCCCCCGACAAUACUCCUGUUGUUCACUCCUCCACCUCCGGGACUCAGCUAAGCUCGACCCAGAACACUUUCCAAGAUCAUCGACAAUAG